AUGAUGAUCCCUCCGCAACCGGACUCUCCAGACCUGUUCCCGUUCUCCCCCGUGGAUGAUAGUCCCAUGCAUCCAUUCACACCGCUAAUUGUGCCCACCUCGACUAUAAGCCUGCUCUCUUUGAGUUCGUCAAAGGACAGAAGAACUUCGGGAGACUCGCCACUAGUGUUCCCACUUCCGAAGCGACAUGUGCCAAUACACCUCCGCAAACUAUCCGUAUGCUCUGCUAUACCAGACUCGCCGAGCCUCAGCCCCGUCUCUUUGAAUUCGUCGCCUUCAAAGCUGUCUCUCGGGCGGGCGGCUAACUACCACGCCGAGCAAUGA